GAUGACGGCUGUACCAGCUAGUUUUCAAAAAUUAAUGAAUUAUGAUAUCCAGAAAAUGAACAAAUAUGUUGAUUUCUUUGGAGCAAUGACCUACAACUUCCACGGUAGUUGGGAAUCAUACACGGGACAUAAUAGUCCUCUCUAUAGCAAUGAUAACUUGAAUUCAGUUGCUGUAAUAAAUUAUUUAAUAAAUAAUGGAGCUGACGUUGCCAAAAUCUUAUUGGGUAUUCCCUUUUACGGUCGAAAUUAUAAAUUGAUUGAUGAAGUUAAUAAAUAUGUUGGAGCACCAGCCUAUUAUGGAGGCGGACCUCCGGGAGAUUAUACAGGUGAAGCUGGAACUAUGUCGUAUUAUGAGAUCAUGUUAAAAAAACCCUUGGAAAGUUUCGACUAUGAAGCCAAAGUUCCUUUUGGAUAUAUUGAAGAUAUGUGGAUAAGUUAUGAAAACGGAAAAAGUAUCACCUACAAAAUGAAUUAUGUUUGUAAUAAAAAUAUAGGAGGUAUUAUGAUUUGGGAGCUUUCAAUGGAUGAUAUUGAUAAUCCAUUACUCAUAUCUAUUAAUAAAUUUUUAACAUCUACAUUUAAAUGUAAAAAUGACAUAAAAAUUGAGAAAGAAAUUAAAGCUGAUUAUUAUAAAAUAUUAGAAGAUAAUAGUUCUAUAUCAAAUAGAUCGGGAAAUCAUGAUAUAAACACACAAUAUCAUUCUAGUAAAGAUGAAAGAUUAUAUAAUAUUUCAAAUUCUCCAAUAAAAACUGAUACAAUUCUUGGUGAUAAAUAUUUGCUACAUUUAUGUCAAGUAUAUUUGCAGUUUUCAGUCACGCUAAUACCUCUUCCAAAAGACUGCAGAUCCGAAUAUCGCAUUAUAAUCGCUUUAAAUUACGAAUUCGCAAAAAUACUUUGA